CAUCCGCCAAUAAAAAUACCGAAGAAGAAGAAGCAGAAGACAAAGAGGACGGCUCGUGGUCUGUCUUGUUGAAUCUUUGAGUGUUUCUCUAAAAAAUAUCUUCAGUCCGGCUUAAACGAGUUUAUCAACGAUCAGUUAACUGCUGCAGAAGAAACAUUCACAGAGUUUAAAUAAAUCAUCGUCAAGUCGGAGGAAGAGAUGGAUGAUCAUCGCAGACUGCUGGAUUUCUCCCGGAGGCCCCAGAUAAUUUUAUACCGAAUAGAUUUCCUGAAGUGUAACAUUUAUAACCAGGAGAGGAGAUCCACUCUGGACCAGGAGGAGUUAGAACCUCUGCAGGUGAAACAAGAAAAGGAAGAGCCAGAAGAUCAGCAGAUAAAAUUAGAGCAGGAGGAUCUAGAUCACCAGCAGAUAAAAGUGGAAGAGGAAGAAGUUUACUGCAGUCAGGGUGAAGAACAGAUUGAAUUAAAACAAGAGACUGAUACCUGCAUGAUGGUUCCUGUUGAUGAGCAAACAGACCACACUGAAUCAGAACCAAACAGGAACCAAGACGUCUUCCAGGAAGCUGCUGAAUCUGAGAACCAAAAUCAGGAAAGAAGAAAACCUUUCUCAUGUGUCAUUUGUGAAAAGCGAUUCACUUUCAAAUCUGUUUUUGAUGUUCACAUGAGAACUCAUACUGGUGAAAAGCCAUUUACAUGUAUGAACUGUGGACAAAGUUUUUGUCAUAAACACACUUUAACUCAGCACAUGAGGAUUCACAAAGGUGAAAAGCUGUUUUCAUGUGUGACUUGUGGGAAAAAUUUUAGUCAUAAAGUUAGUUUUACUCGCCACAUAAGGCAACACAAAUGUGAGAAUCCGUUUUCUUGUGUGAACUGUGGAAAGAGUUUUAGUCAAAAACAGUAUUUAACUCAGCACAUGAGGAUUCACACUGAUGAAAAGCCGUUUUCAUGUGUGACAUGUGGAAAAAGUUUUAGUCAAAAACAGUAUUUAACUCGGCACACGAUGAUUCACACUGGUGAAAAGCCGUUUUCAUGUGUGACAUGUGGAAAAAGUUUUAGUCAAAAAAUGUAUUUAACUCAGCACAUGAUGAUUCACACUGGUGAAAAGCCGUUUUCAUGUGUGACAUGUGGAAAAAUUUUUAGUCAAAAACAGUAUUUAACUCGGCACAUGAUGAUUCACAGUAGUGAAAAGCCGUUUUCAUGUGUGACCUGUGGAAAAAGCUUUACUCUAAAACAGAAUUUAACUAAGCACAUAAUGAUUCACACUGGUGGAAAGCCAUUUUCAUGUGUGACUUGUGGGAAAAGUUUUAGUCAUAAAGUUAGUUUAACUCGCCACAUAAGGCAACACAAAUGUGAGAAUCAAUAUUCUUGUGUGAACUGUGGAAAGAGUUUUAGUCAAAAACAGUAUUUAACUCAGCACAUGAGGAUUCACACUGAUGAAAAGCUGUUUUCAUGUGUGACAUGUGGAAAAAGUUUUAGUCAAAAACAGUAUUUAACCCGGCAUAUGAUGACUCACACUGGUGAAAAGCCGUUUUCAUGUGUGACCUGUCCAAAAAGUUUUAGUCAAAAAAAGUAUUUAACUCAGCACAUGAGGAUUCACACUGGUGAAAAGCCGUUUUGAUGUGUGACCUGUGGGAAAAGUUUUUGUCACAAAGUUAAUUUAUCUCACCACAUGAGGCGUCUCACAGGUCAAAAAAGUAUUUUCCAUACAUGUCCUAUGUUGAGGUUCAACAUUGGACAGAAUGAAAGACUGGAGGGGUUUCAUGUCUAUAAAGCUGAAAGUUUGUUAAAUGUGAUCAUUUGGAUAUUUGGAGAUGUACAACCAUGACACAUUUUCCUUCAGAGAUGAUUUGUGGUUUUUUUCUUUUGGUAUAUUCUGUAUCGUAAAACAAUAAUAAUAAACUGUAUGUUAUUGUAUUAACAAACUGUUUAUGUCAAACUGUAUGUUGUGUUUGUACAAUGUGAAGAGCAGAGGGCUCAGCACACAGCCCUGAGGAGUGCCAGUACUGAUGCUGAUAGAUGAAGAGGCAUGGGGACCCACUGACUAUUUCAUGCAUUAACAGAGUUUGAUCGGACAUGGACUCCCUUCCAGAACAUUCUGACAAGAUUGGACCUGAGGGAUUGAUUUGUAUUAUUCUGUUCAAUAGAGAGAGUUUGUGGGGUUUAAAAAUAGAAUCUAUAGAAUAUUUGAGUGUUUUCAAAAAAUCUGCAAAAAAGGAUUUGUGAUAAUUUUUUCUUUAAAGUAAAAUGAGAUUGAAACUAAUUUCAUUUCUUUCAAAUUAUAUCAACCAGUUUUACUCUACCUAAUUAAAAUCUUUUCAAAUGAAA